AUGUACGCUAAAAUUGUCAACAAUCGCCAGAUUCGGCUCAUGACCUUGGAUGCCGGCCAAGCUGGUGAUCCGGUUAUAUGUCGUUUGCGACAUGUAAGGCUCAGCAUGUCACUUAAGUUUGAAGCUCUCUCUUACGAGUGGAAGCAAGCCGAAGGCAGCACCAGUAUAACCUGCAACGGCACAAAGAAGAUAGCUGAUAUAACAGCGACAACCAUUGCUCAGCGCCCGAAGCAAGGGUCCAUUAUUAAAAGUCAGCAGGACUAUACGUUCCUCUCUCAUGAUCGAGAUUCCGUCCUCUGGCAGACAAUCAGACGACAUCCUGAGCUUGAUGACGACGCCAUUUUCAGAUUUCAUGAUCAAACGGUUUGGGAUGCUAUCGACCGAUUAUUUUACGACUCUUACUUCGGGCGGUCUUGGAUCAUCCAGGAAGUUGCUGUUGCCGAGAUGGUUCACGUUGUGUGUGGUUCAUUCAAACUGCAUUGGGAUAUUUUUCGGAUGGCCUACGAGGGUAGAAUUAGGUUACUGUUUCAACGCUUCAGAAACCCCGGGGCAGACAACAUAGCGCCUCUCAUUCCCUUUGUUCGGGAUGCUCGAGUACGAUACCGAAACAGGAACGAGCCGAACUCGAAGUGUCUUGACUUGGGCAUUGUCUUGAACAGUUUCAGUUAUUCAAACCAAACCGAUCCACGCGACAAAGUCUACGCUGCUCUUGGACUCGUCCACCCCCGGUCACUAUGUGCAGAGAUUGUGCCGGACUAUAACAAGCCAACUGAAGAUGUUUUCUACGAAACGAGUUGUCACAUAAUUCGACUACGGAAAGACCUCUACUUGUGGUCAUGCAUGACUCUAAUGAGUCGAAGAUCAAUGGUCUCUCUCCCCUCUUGGGUACCCGAGUGGACGAUGCAGCCUUGCGAAGAGGCUGUUGAGUUUGCCAGUGCUGAGUUUAGUCAAUGCCUGCGCGGAAAUCCCGUCAUUCAUGAACGCAGCUUGUUUGUUGACGGCCAUUUGGUGGACACGGUGGACACAACCUUCUCCUUCAGCGGUGAUCAUGAGGAGUUUGAGCUUGUUAAGAGGCUUGAACAGUGGCUGAAAGAACACGACAAAAGUCUUUUCGGAGAAUACGCUGCCGGACUAAUCGAUGAUUCCGCGACGACUACUCUUUCGCGAGGUAGCAGGGCCGAAGCAACCCAACUUUUACGAGAGUUUGACGAUAUCCCGCCCCUCGUUGCGAAAGUAAUCCGUAAUGUGAAAGAUGACGAUCAAUGUCCUCUUUCCAACAGCCUGUUGAACAUUGAAGCGAUGUGGUCAACUCUUACGGCAAUAUUCAAGAAGCGUUUCAAGGCCCCGGAGUCGCCAGGCUAUCGUCUCUUUCUUGCUAUUCUGUAUAUGUUGCCCACGCUGGAAAAGGAAGGAGGGAGUAUUAGAGGCGGGCUCCCCCAGUCUUUCAACUCCUGGAUUAUGGCAGCCGUUCUGCUAAUUACUCAGGGGAGGGACACCAAGCUUUUCAACGUUGUCUUUUCAAAACAAUUUCAAAGGAAUGACUCUUUCCAGGGGAUAGAGGACAGUUUUUUCGUGACGAAGAAGGGUUUCUUCGGCCGCGCACCAGCUGAAACUGUGAAACGUGGCCAGCUUGUGGCUAUACUCGGAGGGGCAUACGUUCCUUAUUUACUAGAGAGGCAGAAUGGUCACUAUCGGCUCAUGAGUCAUGUGUACUUGGAAGGAAUCAUGACAAUAAACAGCCUGCCUCGGGCUUGGAAAGUGGAGAGGAUUGAGAUUAGGUAG